AUGCUGGAUGAGAGGGACUCGGCCGCCCGUUGCCUCUCCUGCUUCGAUAACGCCGAAGGCAGCGGCGUGGAUGGGUUUUCUAGGGUUGACAUAGAAAACGAGGCGGAGGCCCUCGCCAGCCACAAGAAGUCCGUCCAGAAACUCCUGACGGAGCUUGAGGAGGAGCGGAGCGCCUCGUCGUCUGCGGUCACCGAGGCGAUGUCGAUGAUUUUGCGGGUCCAGCGCGAGAUGGCGGGGGCGUAGAUGGAGGCGCGACAGUUCCGGCGCCUCGCGGAGGAGAAGAUGGCCCAUGACCAGCAGGAGAUCGCCGCCGUCGACGAUAUCCUCUUCAAACGCGACCAGGCUGUGCAAGCCCUAACCUGCGUGGUCCAAGCAUACCGCCACCGCCUCCUCAGCUACGGAAUCGGCGUCGAUGAGUUCGACACGCCUCCUUCGGGACCGCAAACACCUGGCACGGCCACCGCAACGCCCACUUGCACCUCCGGUUCCCAAUUCGACGCAUACCCGGCAUUGCGAUGCGCUGACGAUUCCGCCACCGACCUCGACAAGUACCCCUCCGUGGAGACCCCUCGUGCCGCUGAUUCACCCCGCGAUUCAUUUCUCCAUCGCAACUUCCAGCUGGAGCGAGUGCGAAGCGGCAGUUUUCGCAUUUACAAGGACACAGUAGUUUCAGUGAGGCUGUCUCCGCGUCGGCAGUGGAGCUAUCUGAGGAGCUUAUCCUACAGAAGCUUAACCUCCCACGUCGAACACCCGGUCGACUACGCAUCCGACUAUCCGACUGCGGUGCGAGGUACGACAUUAGCGACAGAGUCUACACCGUGGAAGCCGUCCAUGGAGCGAGAGAGAACUUCGUGAGCAGGCCGAGAGAACUCCAUGGCAGCACAGGAAUCGAGGAUGAGCCGCAAAAAAGGGAA